AUGCGAGGGCUCACUGCAUACGCUACGGGCUGGCGGCAAGCCCUCCGACGACGAACGCCAUUUCCCGCGCCCGCGCGCCGCAGCUUCUCGUCGAAGAAAUUAUGGCCCUCAGAGCUCAAGAAACAGGUCGAUUUCACUGCCUUGGACGCGAAAUGGCAGGAGCGCUGGAGAGCGCGUCUCUACCCCCCGGUCCGGCCUCGCUCCCUGGUUUUCGAGAAAGGGAAGGCGUACAUACUCCCCAUGUUCCCAUAUCCGUCCGGAGAACUACACUUGGGACACCUGAGAGUCUACACCAUCUCCGAUGUUCUGGCGCGAUACAACCAGAUGCAGGGCCAUGCGGUCCUCCAUCCAAUCGGCUGGGAUGCCUUUGGCUUGCCGGCCGAGAAUGCGGCUAUUGAGCGGGGGAUCCAUCCCGAGAAGUGGACUUUGCAAAAUAUCGAGACGAUGAAGAGCCAGAUGAUCAUGAUGGGUGGGCGUUGGGACUGGGACAGGCACAUCUUCCUCAUGCUCCACGAGCGCGGGCUGGCCUACCAGGCCGAAUCCCUCGUCAACUAUGACCCUGUCGAUAAAACUGUCCUUGCAAAUGAACAAGUAGACGCGAACGGCUGUUCAUGGCGCUCUGGCGCAAAAGUGGAGAAGCAGAUGCUGAAGCAGUGGUUCUUAAAGAUCAAGCAAUUCCAGGAGCCUUUGCUGAAAGACCUGGACUUACUAGCGGAGAACGGCAAUUGGCCGGAGAGAGUUCUAGCUAUGCAACGCAACUGGCUUGGUCGGUCCGAGGGCAUGAAGAUAUGGUUUGAUGUCAAUGCUACCGGCCACAACUGUCAAAUCGACGUGUUUACUACGAGACCAGAUACCCUGUUCGGCGUUCAAUAUCUCGCUCUGUCUAUCAACCAUCCUAUAGUUCAAGAUAUGGCUAGCGUCGAUGAUUCUCUCCGAGCUUUUCUUAGCCGGGCUCAAGCGCUUCCUCCUGAUUCCAAGGAAGGCUAUCUCCUUUCUGGUAUCGAGGCAGUGAAUCCACUCUCCCAAUUCUCCCCGGCAGCGGAGGCUUCUAUUCCCGUCUACGUCGCGCCGUAUGUCUUGGAUGAUUACGGCUCUGGCGCAGUCAUGGGGGUUCCAGGCCACGACGCACGAGACCAUGCCUUCUGGCGGGCAAAUGCUGGAGAUCGUCCAGUCAUGCAGGUCAUUGCGACAGAGUCCGGCGUUACCCCUGAGCCGUUAGUGGCGGGGAGCGAGCUUGACAAGCCGAUGCUCUUCAAGGGAUUCAUCGCGUCUAAUAUCAGCAGCUGUGGGGGUCUUUCCUCAGACGAAGCCGUAAAUGAGAUUGGCAAACUCCUUGAGGCUAGUUCGACACCGUUUGAGAAGACGGAGAAUUGGCGCCUGAGGGACUGGCUUAUUAGCCGACAACGGUAUUGGGGGACGCCGAUUCCUAUAAUACACUGCGCAUCCUGUGGCCCUGUGCCCGUACCAGUGAAAGAUCUUCCUGUUGUGUUACCCACACUUCCGAACGAGUUCUUUCAAGGGAUGACUGGAAAUCCACUUGCAAAGGACGAUGAAUGGAAAAAGACGACUUGUCCGAAGUGCGGUUCCGUUGCCAAUCGUGAAACUGACACAAUGGACACUUUUAUGGAUUCUUCGUGGUACUUUUUUAGGUUCUUGUCUCCUCGACGAUCUGAAGGCCCAGUGAAGCCCGAAACCGCGAAUAUCGAGAUGCCCGUCGAUGUCUACGUCGGUGGCGUAGAACACGCGAUCCUCCAUCUCCUAUACGCGCGAUUCAUCUCAAAGUUCCUCGCCACGACACCCCUCUGGCCGGAUGGUGAAGCUGUACACGGCGAACCAUUCAAGAGACUAAUCACCCAGGGCAUGGUCCACGGUAAAACCUACUCCGAACCCUCCACGGGCCGAUUUCUGCGUCCAGAGGAAGUGGAUCUAACUAACCCCUCGACCCCUAUUAUUAAAGCCACCGGUGCGACUCCAGUUACCAGCUUCGAGAAAAUGUCUAAGAGUAAAUACAACGGCGUGUCCCCUACCACCACCAUUGCAAAAUACGGCGCGGACGUGACACGCGCCCACAUGCUGUUCCAAGCCCCCAUCUCAGAUGUUCUGGAAUGGGAUGAAGAUAGCAUCACAGGAGUACAACGCUGGCUCACGCGUGUGUGGAGACUCUCCAGCACCGUCAACUUUAUCCCGCCAGAUAUUCUAAAGACGUUCCGACCGCCUAAGAAUAUAGACGCCCCGCUUGUGGAUGUUUUGAUCGAGUUGCGCAAUCGGGGGAUCCUGAAGCCCGCAAAACUUCCCCGACACAUGCCGAAUCCACUCAUGACAGACGAGGAGGAACUCCUCGCCGCGUUAGGCGUACCAGAACAAUUGCUCUGGUCAAAAGUCCAGGAGACGAUUGUUAGUGUUACGAAAAGCUACGCCUCCACCUACGCCCUAAACACCAUCAUCAGCGAUCUCAUGACACUGACAAACACAAUCUGGGACGCAGCCCACACCUCACAGACGAUGUCCUACCUGAGGUUCCUGGGCAUGGUGCAUUUACUACGGAUGGUUGCUCCAGUUGCGCCGGCGGUUGCAGAAGAGUGCUGGGAAAGCUUACAUACGAAAACCUGUCGUAUCAUCGAAAAUGACCCAUAUCAUCCGCUUAAACUGGCUUCCAAAUCGAGUAUCUUCUCGUUCAGGUUCCCGGAGCCGGAUACGCAGGUUAUACCAAAACUCAACCCGGAGAUUACCACGGUGUUCAUGCUGGAUGGGAAGAAGAAAUUCGAAGUCAAGAUUAGGAAGCCGCCGGAGCUGGUACAGGGACCGUUAGAGUUAGCGAGGUGGCUGGGAUCGAGGUUGUUGGAGAGUGAGGUUGGUAAGGAGUGGUUGGAGAAGGGGAGGGGGAGGGUGUGGAGGAGGAUGCAAGAUGUGGAAGCAGACCCGCAAUUUACGUGGUUGCCUAAGGAAUGGACGGCUGUGAUUGUGGGGAGGGGAAAGUUGGUUAACGUUGUAAGGCCGAAGACUAAGGGAAAGAAAGGUGGGAAGGAGGGGAAUGAAGGAAUGCAAAUACAGAAAGACGUCGGUGUCCACAGGGAAGGAGAGGAGACGAAGCAGCAAGAAGCCCAACCUGAACCAGGUCGAGCAAGAUUGCUGCAAGAGAGCAAGGGGGGCGCGGAGAAGACAGCUAGGAGAGAGAGGGGGAAAAGGUAA